AUGACAUCUCGGGACUACUACGCCGAUUCCUACGCUCACUUCGGCAUUCACGAAGAGAUGCUGAAAGAUACAGUCCGAACGGACUCGUAUCGAAAUGCGAUCAUGAACAAUCCUCAUCUCUUCAAGGGAAAGACGGUGCUGGACGUCGGGUGCGGGACGGGAAUCCUUUGCAUGUUUGCUGCCAAAGCUGGCGCAAAAAAGGUCGUGGGCGUGGAUAUGAGCGAAAUCAUCGAACAGGCCAAGGUCAUCGUGGACAAGAAUGGCUUCAGCGAUGUCAUCACCCUCGUCAAGGGCAAGUUGGAGGAGGUGGACUUGGGUUUGGGACCCAACGGAAAGGUGGACGUCAUCAUCUCCGAAUGGAUGGGUUACGCUUUAUUGUACGAGUCGAUGCUCGACACCGUGCUGUUGGCAAGGGACAAAUACCUUGCCCCAGGCGGAAUCCUCAUGCCAGACAGUGCAACUCUCUUCCUCUCCGCCAUUGAGGACCAAGAAUACAAGGAAGAGAAAAUCGGUUUCUGGGAUGAUGUGUACGGCUUCGACUACAGCUGCAUCAAGGACAUUGCUCUCAAGGAGCCUCUAGUGGACACUGUGGAACUCAAGAGCGUUGUUUGCGACCCUGCCAAAGUGCUCCACUUGGACUUGUUGAAGUGCACAAAGGAGGAUUUGGCUUUCAAGUCCAGCUUCCAGCUGACCGCUACCAGGAACGACUAUGUUCACGCUUUCCUCGCAUGGUUCGACAUUUCCUUUGACGCAUGUCACAAGCCAGUGCGCUUCAGCACGGGCCCGCACAGUCGGUACACGCACUGGAAGCAGACCGUCUUCUACAUUCCCGGCAUGCUCCUCGUCAGCGCGGGCGACAAGAUCCAAGGCAACUUUGCUUGCAAACCAAACGAGAAGAAUAAUCGGGAUUUGGACAUCGAGAUCGAUUGGCAG